UUUUUUGUUUAAAAGUCUUCUGUGUUGCAUAUUAUAAAUUUUUAGUAUAUAGUAUACUAUGUAGUCACAUUUUACAUUAGUAACACCUUUAACUUAUAAGUUCUGAAAUACAUCAUCAUGCUUUUUGUCAUAACACAAUCGUUCAAGUCAACAUUAAAUGCUGCCCACAGCAAAUCUUAGUAAGUCAGUAAGCAGUUAAGUUCUGUUUCUGUAUACUUGUUUGGACAUAAAAUGUCUUUUUCUGAAAAUGUAUUUUCAGUCAAGUAAAACUGCUUAUCUUUAUCUUCAAAUCUCAUGCACCUCUUGGUUUAAGAUCAUACAGACAGAUUUCACUGUUUCCACCUUUUUUCUUAUUUACUACACAAAGAAAAGAUUUUCCACUGUGUGUGUCACAUAUCCUUUAUCUGUCAUGUAUGUAUGUCAGUAUGGAACAGCAUUUAGUAUUUUACAUGCUCCAAAGGGGGUCUGAGUAUGAAGGCCCGGGGGUGGGGGGUUGACACUCUAUCUGUUUGUGCACAUUUUAAAAAGGGUUGAAAGAGGAUGUGGAUGCGGUGUACUUGUGUGGUUUCUCCACUAGAGACACCUGCAUCUGAGCUAAGCUGUGGAACAUUUCAUAAAUUUAGAUUGUCAGAGCUCGCUGGGGCAUGAUGUCACACAGAGUCACACUUCACUGAUCAACUGGAUUACAGCUCCAAAAUGGCGAGAGACUGUUGUACCACUGCAGACAGGAAGUGGUUGUCAAUUGAGUAGAAGAUUGUCUGAAAAGACAAAAUGUGGGAAACAAACUUUUAAAUUUCAUAGUCAGCAUUUUGAAAAGUGAGAAUCUAAUUUCAGUGAAAUUAAAUCAUCAAACUGCCAUGGUAUGCAGAAUUUAAAUUACAAACUAGUAAUAUAAUUUAAAGGAAUAUUUAAUCCAACAAUUACUUUCUCAACCUCAUUUUGUUCCACCACCCCAUGAUUGAAUGAAGUGAAGGAAAAAUAAAGAAAAGAGGAGUAGAAGGGGAGGCGGAUGGGAUGGCAGAAGAAUUGUUGCUGGGAUGGUGCAAUGACAGCCGCUUACAUGCGUUCAUAACUAUGAUUGACAGGACUAAAUGAUUAGGCUCCUCCAAAACCUAUGUUUGGAACUUCAUCUUAUGAAGCCAUAUAACUGUAUGUAUGGCAACUUUAGACAUGACACAUUAGUUUUGAUGGCAAUAACAUUGCAAUGUCAAUGGAUGGACUUCUCUGUGAUGUGAGAAUCCCAAUUCUACCCCUUAGCCCCUGCCCUUUCCCCUACCCCUCCAUUCACGCGUUCACGUGCAGGGGUUGGGUAGAGGUCUUCACUGUGCACCUGAGACCCGUCGAUCCAGAGUUAAAGGUCCCGUUUUUUGCGCUUUUUUGAAGCUUUGAUUGUGUUUACAGUGUGCAAUAUAACAUGUGUUCAUGUUUCGCGUGUAAAAAAACACAGUAUUUUUCAGAAAAUUCACCUAUCUGUAUGCCGCUGUUUUUACUGUCAUAAAAACGGGCUGAUGAUUUCCUUGUUCUAUAAAGUCCCUCCUUCAAAAAUACGUAACAAGUUCUGAUUGGGCCAGCGGUUCAUGUGUUAUGAUUCGACACCAGCUUAAAAGCAGGCUGACCUCCUGGUAAUGCGAUUGGACUCGUUUUGAAGUAGUUUUGAGAAGCAAGAGGGCAGGAGCAUGUGCUGGAGAUGUACUUAUAAUCACAGGAGCGUUUUUAUUGACAAGAUGAGCAUGAAAAUCGCUUCUGUUUUUUUUGCACAGCCCUAACAUUUAGUUUACAAAGCUAAACAGCGUUGCCCUUUGUGUAGUAAGUUACAGAAACUGUUAAACGCACCAACUUAAAUAAUAAAAUACACAUAAAUAAUGGUCCUUAAACAACGCCUUCUCCAGACAAAGAGAGAACUACUCCAUCUUUCAAGAAUAAUCUUUGUGCGAAUCCGGCAUUAAACUGAUUGAGAUUGAGGAAGUUGUCCUCGGCAAGCUGUCCUCAGUAAAAUGUGCUGCACAUGUGGAUUAUAAUUUUCGGGAACCGAGUUAAACAUAAAUUGUUACCAUUAAUCUCCAAGUACAGCGUCCCUGGGAAGCCCAAACAAAGAUGAUUGGACUCCGAGAUGAAAAUAUCAGCGUUUCAACGACAUGGCAAACACAAAUGCACCUCUUCCUUCUUCUCCGUCGGAGCACAACAAGGCCACGCCCCCCUUUUUGUGAAUUCAUGUGGGCGGAGACAACUGAUACUGAUGACUAUGGAUUGGACCUGGGUGGAUUAUGUAACAAAGAGAUGGUGCGACAGUUCAGUAAAACCUUCGAGCCCCCUCUUUACUGGAUCAUCUUUGUUGUGGGGUCUUUGGGCAACUUACUUGUUGUCUGCAUCUUCACAACUGUGCGUAACCGCCUCAAGACCAUGACUGAUGUGUACCUGCUGAACCUGGCAGUGGCUGAUCUUCUGUUCCUAGGCACAUUGCCCUUCUGGGCAACAAAUGCUGCUCAGGGCUGGGUGUUCAACCAGGCCAUUUGCAAAGGAGUUUCUGCGGUCUACAAAAUCAACUUCUUUGCUAGCAUGCUCUUACUCACCUGCAUUAGUGUGGACCGCUACAUUGCUAUCGUUCAUGUAACCGAAGCACACAACUACAAAAACAAACGAAUGCUGUAUAGUAAGAUAACUUGUGUUUUUGUGUGGCUUGCCUCUUGCCUCUUAGCUCUACCAGAAUUUAUUUUCGCUAAAGUAAAAAACAUUGACUCCCAGAGCACUUCCUGUGUCAUGGUGUACUCGAUCACAGACAACAACCGUACCAAAGUCUUGGUGUUAGCUUUACAGAUCUGUGUCGGCUUCCUACUACCAUUGCUUGUCAUUGUAUUGUGUUACUCAGUCAUUAUUCGUAAACUAAUGCAAGCUCGAAGCUUUGAAAAACACAAGGCUCUAAGGGUCAUCUUUGCAGUUGUGGCCGCUUUUGUUCUCUCACAGCUGCCAUUCAAUGGAUAUCUGAUUAUAGAAGCAGGCCAAGCCAACAAUGCCACAAUAACAAACUGUGAAGUCAUGCAAAGCUUAGAUAUGGCUGGGCAAAUUGUGAAGUGUCUUGCCUACACACACUGUUGUCUGAAUCCCAUCCUUUAUGUAUUUAUUGGUGUUCGCUUUCGGAAGGAUCUUUUCAGCCUGCUUCAGCGCAUGUCCUGUGGCCUGGGAAUGGUAGACAACGGCAAACUGCAACACGUUCCCAAGAGGCCCUCUGUUAUGUCUGACACCGAUACCACCCCUGUUUUUUCUUUAUAGAAUAGCCUACAGUAUUGACAACCUUUUAAAAAACUUUACAUCUUCAGAGUGUGUCAUGUUUAGAGCUAUAGAUCCUUAUAACUGCAAAUAUUUUUGGUCAAGGCCUUUGAAAUGUGCUUUAUGAUAGUAUUCAUUUAUAGUUCUCUGGCAGUACGUGAUGGGAGAAUAUGAAGAUUUGUAAGCAUUUACCACCUUUUUGGGAAGGAUGAUUCCAGUUAAAGCAGUGUAAUGUAUGCGUAUAGGUUCUAUUAUGAUUUUCAUACUUUUCUAGUAAACAUGUUGCAAAAAUAUUGUAAAGUGUAAAUAGAUUUAUAAUAUGUUGUAUAAUGGAUUUAGUUUUGUAUUAUAAAAUAAAAUAAAACUGACUUUUUUCUUGAGUUCUUAUUUUCUUUUCAUAAAUUUACAGUUAUGUACACAAUUACAGCUUGUGGUUGAUUGUGAAAUAAAUUUCUACAUUAUUA